AUGUAUAGUGCAGGUGAUGAUAUUUCUGCAGUUGUAGUAGAUGUAGGAACUUGUACAACGAAAUCAGGUUAUGCUGGAUUAGAUACUCCUACUGUAUUCCCUACUAGUGUAGGAAUAACAUAUACAUAUGGUAAAGAUGGUAUGGUUGGUUCAUAUCAAAAAGCAAUUGGCGAUGGAGAAGAUUUAGAUCCAGAUGUAAAGAAAACAUAUUAUACAGGUCAUAAUGCAAUCUCUUAUAAAAGACAACAUAUGGAGAUUCAAUCACCUUUAUCUGAAGGUCUAAUUAAAGAUUGGGAUGCAAUGGAACAUAUUUGGAGUCAUGCAUUUCAUGAACAAUUAAAUAUCAAUCCAGCUGAACAUCCAAUACUAUUGUCAGAGCCAGCAUACAAUACACGACAAAUUAGAGAACGAGUAUCAGAGAUUAUGUUUGAGAAAUUCCAUACUCCUGCUGUAUUUAUAUCGAAUAAUGCUGUUCUUACUUCAUUUGCAAGUUGUAAAGCUACUUCUUUGGUUGUUGAUUCUGGUGGUGGUGUUACUACCAUUGUACCAGUUCAUGAUGGUUAUGCAAUUAAAAAUGCUGUUGUAAAAAGUAAUUUAGCAGGAAAUAAAUUAACAGAAGAAUAUUAUAGAAUAUUAUCAGAGAAACAAAUCAAGAUUCUACCAUACAAUUUAAUUAAAAAACAAGAAAUCAAACCUGGAGAAUAUAGUGUCACUCCAAUCGAUAUGCCAGAUCUUACAGAAUCAUUCAAGAAAUAUCAUACUUUGGAAACUAUUCGUGAUGCCAAAGAAUCUGCUUUUAGAGUUUCAACUUCAUUCCUUGGUGAAGAUAUUAGUACAGUUGCAACAGUACCAUAUGAAUUACCAGAUGGUAAUUUAUUAGAAGUUGGAUCAGAUAGAUUCCAUAUUCCAGAAUUAAUAUUUAAUCCAAUACCAUUGAAUGAUUUGGAGAAACCAGCAACACCAUACCAAUCGCUACAAAAGAUGAUCUAUGAAAGUGUUGAAAAGAGUGACUCUGAUAUUAGAAAGGAGUUGAUUGCCAAUCUCGUCGUAUCUGGUGGCAAUACUCUGUUCCAAGGUUUCUCGGAUCGUCUCUAUUAUGAAUUGGGCGAAUUGUCACAUGCCUUUGGAAAGGUAAAGGUCGUUACACCAAAUGUAACAGAGCGUAAAUAUUCAGUUUGGAUUGGUGGUUCCAUUCUAGGUUCAUUGGGUUCAUUCCAACAAAUGUGGAUGUCAAAAUCUGAAUGGGAAGAAUUUGGUCGUCCUCUUGUUGAAAAGAAAUGUCCCUAG